CUCGUUGAUGUAAUUGGUCCGUCCAUCAACACACACGACAGUGGUUCUCUCCACCGUAACGAAAAUUCAAUCUAACUUAGACAUAUGAAACUAGACAAUCGAACACCUCGUUAUAAUGUAAUUGGUCUAUCAACACACGACAGUGGUUCUCUCUACCUAACAUCAAAUCUGUGGAUCCUUAUGAACAGAAAAAAACGAUGAAGGGACAGGGGAAGGCCAAUGAGGGUCAUGCAAAAUGGAACUUAGGAAAAGGACCAAAAAGAUCCAUCCUCUUUGAAAAUUCAUUUCAACCCCAUAAUUCAUGAUAUGAAUUUCGAUGUGAAUCUCAAAACAAGUAAGAGAUCAGCUUUAGAUAACAUUAAAGGAAGAAAAUAUAAAGUAAAAAAGAAGACAAGAGACUGAGAAAAGGGCAAUACCUGUAGGGGUUAAGACAGCUAAGAGUGUUCCUCAGUCGCCCCACAAAUGUCUUCUCUCCUCUCUCUUCAGUCUUUCUCAGCUCUCAAAACUUUAAAUGGUUCCAAGUUCAAUGCUCCAAAAACCCACGCCCACACAUGCAUCCUAUGACCUUUCUUUUUCUAUCCAUUUUCUUCCCACAAAUUAUCAAAUUACAAGAUAAUGAGGUAUAAAGACACUAACAAACAACCAAUGUGAAAACAGACAUUUACUAGUACUACUAAGAAGUCAUAAAUCAUAUAAUUUAUUCAUACCCUGAUCCUAUUCUAUGUACAUAUGUUUUCAUUUAGUCUAACUGUGACGGUUUUGGAUGCGAGCAUUCUUGCUUUCUAAGUUCACAAGAUUCACUUGUAAGCAAGGAGAGAGGCGCUCUUAAAGCAAAAACUACUACAUGAUAUAAAUAUAGCAGAACGUAGAAAAGAAUAUGACAGCUUUUACUUAACCCUACUAAGACAGAGGAUCAUCAUGGAACAGUAAAGAGGAGAAUCUCUGAAUAUCCACUUUAAACUACUGCCCUCUUGUCUUAACUCUCAGAAUCAUUUAAUUUUUCAGUUAUUUUGACCCAUACCUUUUUGUCCUCUUUCCCUGGUUUCCAACACCUUCACACUUAUUCUAGGGCUUCCACGGCUAUAUAUAUAUAUUGUCCCUUUUAUUGAACUUGAAACUCAAAAAUCACAACCAGCACCACUGCUACUACUUGUUAUCAGUCUUCCUAUCAGUUUUACCCGUAUAGUUUUAUCUGUUUAUAUUAGGAUAUUGCUCGAAGAGUACAUACCUGGGAAGAUGGUUAAACCUUGUUGGAGAGUAGGUGCCAGCCUGGAGAGAAGUAAGAUCAAUCCCACAAAGAUUGAUGGCUUGACAUGGUAUAAAGAUCUUGGCCUUCACACCUUUGGAGAGUUUUCGAUGGCAAUGAUCCAAGCCAACAGUGUCAUGGAGGAUCAGUGCCAGAUCGAAUCAGGGCCACUGACAUUCAACAAUACGACAGUUCAAGGCACAUUUGUUGGAGUAUACGAUGGCCAUGGAGGUCCAGAGGCUUCCAGAUUCAUUGCAGACAACAUCUUCCCCAAGUUAAAGAAGUUUGCCACUGAAGGUAGAGAGAUUUCAGAGCAGGUGAUCAGCAAAACAUUUGCAGAGACAGACAAAGAUUUUCUCAACGCCGUGAAGAAGCAAUGGCCCACGAACCCACAGAUGGCAUCAGUAGGGUCUUGUUGCUUGGCAGGAGUGAUAUGCAACGGAUUGGUGUAUAUUGCAAACACGGGAGAUUCCAGAGCUGUACUGGGCAGAUCUGAGAGAGGUGGAGUGAGAGCUGUUCAGUUAUCGGUAGAACACAAUGCCAAUCUAGAGUCUGCGAGGCAAGAGCUAUGGUCAAUGCAUCCUAAUGACCCCAACAUUCUUGUGAUGAAGCACAGCAUGUGGCGGGUGAAAGGCGUCAUCCAGGUCACAAAAUCCAUAGGUGACGCAUACCUCAAAAAAGCAGAGUUCAACAGAGAACCUUUGCUGCCCAAAUUCAGAUUACCAGAACAUUUCACUAAGCCAAUCCUUAGUGCGGAUCCAUCAGUCACCGUUACCCGGCUUACUCCAAAAGACGAGUUUAUGAUUCUUGCUUCAGAUGGGCUUUGGGAGCAUCUUAGCAACCAGGAAGCUGUUGAUAUUGUACAUAAUGCCCCUCGCCAAGGAAUAGCAAGGAGACUACUCAAAACUGCAUUGAAGGAAGCAGCAAAGAAAAGAGAGAUGAGAUACGCAGACCUAAAAGAGAUCCAUCCUGGUGUUAGAAGGCAUUUCCACGACGAUAUAACUGUUAUCGUGAUCUAUCUCAACCCCAAUCCGAUCAAAACCAAUGCUUGGGCAUCUCCCCUGUCAAUUAGAGGGGGAUACCCAAUGCAUUCAUCAUCAUGAACAAAUCUUACAGCAACAACUCAUCCUAUGUGAAGGAAAUAAACUGGAGGCACGGUCAAAGAAAGAACAAUUAGUAUAGCUAGAACGAAUAUUAAGUUUAUGAGAUCUUUGAUAUAUUCUCUACAAGAAAUUGAUGAAUUCUCAAUUCUCAUGUACCCUGUAUGCAAAUUAUACACGAGGAUACCUUACAUAUAA